AUGGAAUUAGUUUGUAAAUUUAAUUACUGUAGUUGGCUUGGAGUUGGGAACAAAUACACGAGUAUUAUUGAUUCAUGUUCAAUAACAGAGCCAAACACGAUCAUUCAAAAAACUAAUGGAAAUCAUUUGAAUGGAAAAAGUGACGAAGAUGUCGAAGCGAUUUAUUUUAUGAAUACAACAUUAAACUACUUCCCUCAAGGAUUGAACAAAAAUUUUCCUAAUUUGAAAGCUGUUGGAAUUGAUAUUUGUGGAUUGAAAUCAAUAACGCGAAGAGAUUUGGAUGGACUAGAAAAUAUUCAGAUGCUAUGGUGUGAUAAUAACAAAAUCACUUCACUUCCAGACAAUCUGUUCGAAAAUAUGAACAAACUUAUUUAUAUUUCAUUCUGCUUCAAUGAUUUGCAAUUCAUGUCUCCAGAACUUCUCAAGCCAAUAUUGAAAAAUGGUUUAAAAUUCGUAGAUUUUAGUCGAAAUCGUUCCAUUGAUGCUGGUUUUUCUGACUCAAAUUAUGCGAUAAAAAUCAGUGGAAAGGAAGUUGAUUCUGUAGCCCAGUUGAUGGCUAUGAUUGAUGACAAAUGUGAUAAACCAAUGAAGGAUGGACAGACGCAAACAAGCACACAACGGAAGGAUUUGAAAAUUGAAGGAUUCAAAGAACUUUGGACGACUGGCCGUUUCUCGGACAUCACGAUUGUUACUGACACUGAGAAAUUCAAAGUACAUAAAAAUAUUUUAGCUAUUCAGAGUUCAGUUUUCACCUCAAUUUUCGAAGAUAAGAUGAAAGAUCGGCCAUCUGAUGAAAUUCAAAUGAAAAAUAUAAAUUCAGACGUUGUGAAAAUUUUCUUGAAAUUUUUCUAUACCGAUGAGGUCGAAAAGGAAGAAAAUUCAAAUUUGUUCGAAUUUUUCUCUCUCGCAGCAAAGUUCAAAGUCGACAAUCUAAUGACAAUUGUUGAGGAGAUGAUCACAGAUGAUCUAAACUUGAACAACACGAUUGAAAUACUCGAACUUGCGUGUCGAUUCAAUUGUGAUGGGAUGAAAACUUCAGCAUUUAAAGUCAUUCAGUCAAUUUUUGAUGAGCCAUUGAAAGACGAAUUGAUGAACCAACCGGAAGUUGUAAAGGAACUUGUUGAAGCUAAGAAAAAAUUUGAUUUCAUGAUGAGCAAAUACAAAAGUUUUUAA